AUGAGGGACAUGCACCGGGCGAAGAAGGAGAAGAAGAAGACUGCAACGAGCGGUGCGCAGCGAGCGAGCCGGGGAGCCUCGGAGACGGUGGAGGGAGCACUGGAAGACUCGGAGUCGAGCCAACGCCGCACGAUCUACACCGAGUUUGGCAUGAUCGGACGAGGGACGACGGUCAUUCCCGUGGUCGCGGCGCCCGGCACGAAGACGGAAGAGCUGUUCGGAUCGGAGGCUCUUGUUGCCAAAGUGGCCUGGCCGCACGCUGUCCGGAAGGCGGAGGACGCGAUGAUCAAGGCCGUUCGCAGACGUCUGGCGGAGAGCAAGCCGAACUACUUGAAGCACAUCGUGGACCUCAAGUGUUCGAUGACAAAGAGCGGAGACUCGGAAGAGAUGCACCUCCCUCGUUUCAAGUUGGGCGUUGUUCCCGGGGCAGAUGAGCUACGAGUCUGCCGCAUUCUGGUCCUCAAGGAGUACGAGCCCCUGGAGACCAUCGGAUCCGGAGAUAACUUCCGCAUCGUGUUCUUUGAUGUCGUUCGUGCUCAUCACUGGGUGUACGAGACGUCGAAGAUACUGCAUCGUGAUAUAAGCCUCAACAACAUCAUGUGGUAUCGCCUGCCAGACGGGCGGAUCAUCGGUGUUCUUUGCGACUGGGACCUUGCGGAAGACCAGAGUACGGGCGACAACAGACCCACUCGUCGUGCUGGUGACGCUGCUGCAGUGAUUUGGCCACCAGAACCAGAACCAGCCGUGCAGUCGACGACGAAACCGAGUCUGCCAUCCAUCGCAGAGGGUGAAGCAACGGAACAGCCCCAAAAUCUGGAGGGCGCGGGACCGUCGAACACGGCGACAGAGCCCCAGGCCGUAGUCAAGCCAAGGUACCGCACGGGCACGGGCCCGUUCAUGGCAUUGGACCUCUUGCGCGAGGGCGACCCACCUAUCCACAAGUAUCGGUACGACCUAGAGUCGUUCUUCUACGGCUAUAUCUACUUUGCUGCAACAUACAACCCAGAAGAACAGGCCUUCGGCUACAUCAAGGAAUGGCAACGUGCUUCCCUCGUCGACAUCGGACACAGCAAAGGGGACUUCCUCCGUGAGGAAAAAGUUCGCACCCGCGUCAUGAAACAAGCCCACCAUACGCUCAAGCCGCUGCUCGCCGAAAACACUCCACUAAUCAACCUGUUGUAUGAAUUCAACGAUAUCGAGCAUGACUGGUCCAGCCUUAAGAAUCUUAGCAACAACCGCGCGACAUUGGAGCGUAAGCGGGCCAAGAUUGAGUCGCUGGAGAUGGAGAGGGAGGAAAAGAUGUCCUUCAGCAUAUUCAUGAAGAUACUGGGGGCUCCCGAGGAGGAGAGUGUCUAAGACGUUACACGUAUCGUUAGCCUCCACUUGGCAUGUACUUGUAUGGUUUCUGUUCCUCCCAUUUACUCUCCUGGACUCGACUUCCAUAUUUAAAUGAUC